AUGAGGUUUCUCCUAGAUCAAAAUUUCCAUGUCUACAAGGCAGAUUCUGUGCCCACAUUCACAAAAUCUCAUCUUGCCACAAUUGAAGACUACACCGCAAACUAUGUAUACAACAAGUAUAUAUCUACAACUACAGACACUGUUUCUAAGUACGAAAGCGUGGAAGACGUCGAAAUCGACGUCAAUGCCGACCUUAUAAACGAAGGUGAUCUUACAGUGAGCUAUGUUUAUAUAAAACACGGUCUGGCCUCGCAGAUGGCUUGUUUUAUUGAGAUCAACAAGAAUGUGUUAGCCUUGUUGAAGUCAGGGGCGCCGGAGUUUUUGGUGAAUUUGCUCGAGGCCGUGGAUUUUGACAAGCCCGUUCUGCUUCGUCCGCAGCCCGUGAACAGUGAAGGAAUUGGGGCGUUGGUGGACUCGAUGGCUCCUGUGCUUCGUGUGGAUCUGGGGAUUAUGGGGAAUAUCGAUAUCACUUUUACACCAAAAGUGAAGUUACAAAAAGACUCCUUAAAGGAGAUCUUGAUUAACGUUCCAAAAAAGGACUCCAGCAGGUUAUUGAAGGGGUCUGAGAAACCGAUGCAAGAGUUAGUACUGUGGUUGAGCAAGGCCACUCGCGUCAAGUUCCAAAACUUGGAAACAAAGACAUUCACCAGUGAUUUAAUCUGCAUAUCCAAGAACGGCAGGAUCCGUCUUGUGGGGGACAAUAUCUUAGACGACGCUUCGGCAACUACGUUGGUGACACAAGUAUGCCGUGCACUAGCAUAG